GCUAAGAGCGAGAAUUAAAAAAGCAAAAGAGAAGGAAGAAGAAGGCUUUGAAGUUAUCGGAAUUUUCGAAACCGUCUUUUUGAUUCCGCCGUUUUGAGUCUUACGUGUUCCACGGCGGCGACCUCUAUGGACGACGGAGACGGUGGUGCUGGUAACCGUUUAUCAGCCGAAUCUUUACCGUUAAUCGAUACGCGUCUCUUGUCGCAGUCUGAACUUCGCGCUCUCUCUCACUGUUCUUAUCUCUCUCCGUCCUCUUCAGCAUCUCUCGCUGCUUCCGCCGGUGGAGACGACGAUUUGACACCAAAGAUCGAUCGCUCCGUCUUCAAUGAGUCCGCCGGUAGCCGGAAACAGACAUUUCUCCGUCUCCGUCUUGGGCGCCACCCUCAACCACCGGAACCUCCGUCUCCGCAACGUCAAAGAGACGAUUCCUCCCGUGAAGAACAGUCGCAAUUCGCGUCGCUACUCAGAUCUCUGUUUAAUGUCGAUUCGAUUCAGAGUAAAGAGGAAGAAGACGAAGGGGAGGAAGAACUCGAAGAUAACGAAGGUCAGAUCCAUUAUAACAGCUAUGUUUAUCAGAGACCAAAUCCUGAUUCGGUUCAGAACAUUCUGAUUCAGGGAACCUCCGCGAAUGAAAUCAAGAGGAAACGAGGACGGCCGCGGAGGAUUCGUAACCCUAGCGAAGAGACGGAGGUUUUGGAUUUAACGGGUGAAGCAUCUGUAGAUAUCAAUUUAGGAAUGGAGAGUAGAUAUGUAGGAACCGGCUCAAUUCUUUGCAAUCCAGCCAAGAGAAAGAGAGGUCGUCCUCCAAAGAAUAGAGAUGGUUUCAAUCAGCCAGCAGUGAACUUGGAGAACAGAGAAGGUACAACAAUGGUGGAUGUAUCUGCAUUGGAUAAGGAGGAGUUAGUGAACUUGGAGAACAGAGAAGGUACAAUGGUUGAUCUUUCAGCAUUGGCUAAUGUAUUAGAGGAUCCAUAUGAAGAAGAGCUCAGGAGGAUCACUGUUGGGUUGAAGACAAAGGAAGAGAUCUUAGGUUUCUUGGAACAAUUGAAUGGUGAAUGGGUGAAUAUAGGGAAGAAGAAGAAAGUUGUGAGAGCUUGUGAUUUUGGGGGAUACUUGCCUAAAGGAUGGAAACUUAUGCUCUAUAUCAAAAGGAAAGGUAGCAAUUUGUUGCUGGCUUGUCGCAGAUACAUAAGUCCUGAUGGGCAACAGUUUGAAACCUGCAAGGAAGUCUCCACGUAUCUGCAAUCUCUUCUUGUAUCCGGAAGCAGGAACUGGCUCAAUUCUUUGCAAUCCGACAACAAAACUCUAGGACAACAACCAGUGAUGGCUAACAAAUCUUUACUAUGUAACUCUGAUACCAUUGGCUUGCCUGUUCCAAACUCUAUAACAAACCAGAGCCUCGAGAUCGGAAGAACAGUUGGUGGUGAUGUUUUUGAAGAAGCGAAAGGUGUAGAAAAUGGCGAUGUAGCAGAUCCAGUGAAAACCAGUCUGGUGGACAAAGAUAAUAAUAAUGCAGAUUUUCUAAAUGGAGACGACAACGAUGAUGAUAACAUGGAGAAUUUGGCAGCUCUAUCGAACCCAAAAGAUCAAGAAACAAUGUCGAAAGCUAAGGAGCAUCACCAGUAUUUCAGCUCACAAAUCCACUGAGUUUCUGUGACCAGUUCGUUUAUCUGGAACAAAUUGUUUUCCCAUCAUUAUAGUUCAGAUUUUAUUUUUCAUGCAAAAAACUAAAGCAUGUUUUAGGCUUUUAGCUAAAACUACAGGAUACAUAUAGGAUUUGAAAAGGUCAAAUGUACAAAACAAAAUGGCAGAAACCAAAUUUUUUCUCAAGUCUUUUCACGUCA